CACAGGCUUUCUUUAACGGUCUGUGUCAUGAAGACAGCGAAGCGUCGACAGCCAUUUUCUUUAAUUUUCUUUCAGACGUUAAAAGAAAAACACAACGUAUUUAGCUAGCUAGCGUUGGGUCAUACAUGGUAAUAAAUAGGGCUUGAGUUUAACAUCACAAACGGUUAUAUUGCGGGUUAUUUUUGGUGUGGUUGUCAUUGCUUUAGCUAACGUUAGCCGCGUUAGCCUGGCACGGAUCGAGGACGAAGGUUGGCAAAAUGUCAAGACCACGGCCCGGAUCCCCACGUUACAGAAAGUUCCCAUGGGAGGAACCAGACUUUGAUCCUCACAAAGUCCUUGCAGAACUGGACGGGAAUCCGUCGAACAGGAGCCGCCGCUCUAGAGAGGAUCCUGAAGAACACUGGGACUACUCCAGGGAAGACAUGUACCCUGAAGGCCAGAGAAGAUCCCCUCCUUUCCCAGAUGACCAUCAGUUUGUGCGUCAUCGCCACCCAAACCAGGAGGAGUUUUAUCGCAGAAGGCCACAGUCGCCCCGUCUUGACAUCGUGGGCUUUGUUGAUGACCGCAGGCUUUCUCCGCUGCAUGAUGGAGGAGUUGAGGGCGUUAGACGCAGAGAAGGGUUCAAAGAUCUCUUCCAGCGUUUUGAAAACCGAGCGAGGUUGCCCCAGUCGCCUCUGAGGAUAUCUAGGGAGAGAUUGCCGGCGACACCGAAGUCUCACUCAGACCACCAGCAGAGAGAGCCGGGGACAGGCUGGAGGAGAGAGGAGCAGGGCAGGGGUCGAGGGAGGUUCAGAGACCAAAGUCCCAAUGCGAGGUUGGAUGACCAAAGAGGUGGAGCAGGUAGGGAAAGAGGGAGGAGGAGCACACAGGGUCCUAAUAAAGAUAGAAGAAGAGAGGAUUCACAUCACGAGAGGAUCCCCCCCUUUAAAAGACAAAGAAGACAAACGGAUGACGCCGCUCACCUUGGGUACAGGAAUGAGGAGGACUUUGGGCAACAGCGUUACUCAGUGGACACACCCAGGGAUAAGUUUGGUGGAGACACUCAUGGGAGCCUCCCCCGUGGAGACGGUCGCCGUGGGGGACCACUUGUCAUUGAACACGAUCAUGGCAUCACAGGGAGCGGAGAGCCGUCACGUUGGCAACAAUUUGGCGAUCGUGAAGACCUUGCGCCUGACUUUACCCGGCAGAGGAGUCCUCGUCCAAUGGGCUCGUCUCCGGAGCGUUUCAGAGCGUUGGAGGAUCGGGAAGACGCGAGAGGACGCCAUAUUCAAGAUAAAUGGGGAGACUCCAACUAUCAUGAAACUAGGAGGAACUCUGCGCCACAAGAUAGACCAAACCCUGUGAGAUAUGGUAAUCGAGAUGGUCCUGUGAACCACAGGGGGAGGGGUGGUCCUCGCCCUGGGAGGGGGCAGUUCAAUCGCGGCCAUGGUGGAAGGACUGGACCGGCCAGAAAUCAACCACGCAUGCAGCAGUCCUCCCAAGGAUAUCAAGAUCUUCCUGAAGAAGACCAAAGACCAGGGUACCGAGCAUUCAGGGAAGAUUCUUAUGAGGAUCCAAUCGAAGGGGAGCCCGACUGGGCAGAAGAAGACAGACUCCAACAGUGGGAACCUCAAAGGUCUGGAAGUUUGGACCCGCACCUACAGAGGGAGGACUUAGACCCCAAAAUGCCCCGUCAGAGGGAGCGAGCAUGGAGCGAUCAGAAGACCAACAACAUGGCGGUUGUAACGGAGGAAACGCUAACCAUCAAAGUCGACAUGAGUCGACCCGUAAACAAAAACAGCUCGCUGUGCUACUCCUCGGACAGGCAGCUCUCCUUAGACCUGGUCAACGUGGGUCGCCAGCGUCUGGACUUCCUGCCCAUGCUGGAGCACUCCGGGACGUACCGGGAGAACGCCGUGCACACUGGGACGUUUGCCCAGGAAAUCAUCACACUGGUGCACCAAGUCAAAGAGCAGUAUUUCAGGAACGAUGGGGUCUCCCUGAACGAGCGAUUCUCAGCGCCCCAACAAGGCGGCUACGCCGAAGAAGAGACGGAGGAGCUGACGUUGGAUGAAAGGUUCAGCUCAAACCGAGGCUUCAGCUUAAACAUGAACUCGCUGCUUGAUGACGACGAGCCUCUGUUCUCCAGACUAGGACCCUUACAGCCGGUUCAAGACCCAGGGGACCUGAGGCAUGACCUGGAGAGGAAGAGACAGGAGAGGCUGGAGGGGGUGAAAGUCACAAUAUCAGGGAAAAAUAUGUCCCCGCUCCCCCUGGGUCCAAUCAGCGCGCCGGGGUUAGCGUACAGGGACAAGAAUGAAAUGUCUCUGAUGGAGGACGAAGAAUUCUCCAACUGGCCCGAGGAGCAAAGCAGGAGACGAGAGGGCAACGUGGCACCAAGGAGAGGAGCUCCGUACAGACCGAAUGCUGCUUCCCAACGCAGGAACACACGGCCCGUCAACCGGCUGGGACCAAUGAGGCGACCGAACAACCACAACACCCCUGCAGAUCCUAACUGGUGAUCGGACACUGGGAAAAUAUCCCGUUUGGAUGCUGUUCGUAAAAAAAAAAAAAACAACAACUCUGAAUUAAAAGGAUUUUGUUUUUGCCUCGGGCCAAAUUGUGUUAAUUUCCAA